GGCAGAAACGCGACCGCGGCGGCUUCGGGGUCCUUCCGGACAGCGGGCGCAGGCGGCGGCCGUGUGAGGCGGAAGCGCGGGGCAGCGGCCUACCGGGAGCUGCUGGCUGAGCAGGCGGGAGCAUCAUGGAUACUGACCUAUAUGAUGAGUUUGGGAAUUAUAUUGGACCAGAGCUAGAUUCUGACGAAGAUGAUGAUGAAUUGGGCAGAGAGACCAAAGAUCUUGACGAGAUGGAUGACGACGACGACGACGAUGAUGUAGGUGAUCACGAUGAAGAUCACCCUGGGAUGGAGGUGGUGCUGCAUGAGGACAAGAAGUACUACCCGACGGCGGAGGAGGUGUAUGGUCCUGAGGUGGAGACCAUCGUACAGGAGGAAGACACCCAGCCUCUCACAGAACCCAUUAUUAAGCCAGUGAAAACCAAGAAAUUCACUCUGAUGGAGCAGACAUUACCUGUCACGGUUUAUGAAAUGGAUUUCUUGGCAGAUCUGAUGGAUAACUCUGAGCUCAUCAGAAAUGUGACCCUUUGUGGCCAUCUCCAUCAUGGCAAGACGUGUUUCGUGGAUUGUUUAAUAGAGCAGACUCACCCAGAAAUCAGAAAGCGCUAUGACCAGGACCUGUGCUACACUGACAUCCUCUUCACAGAGCAAGAGAGAGGUGUUGGCAUCAAAAGCACUCCUGUGACAGUGGUUUUGCCAGAUACCAAAGGAAAAUCUUACCUCUUCAAUAUCAUGGACACUCCAGGACAUGUGAAUUUUUCUGAUGAGGUCACGGCUGGCUUGCGCAUCUCAGAUGGAGUGGUCCUUUUCAUCGAUGCUGCCGAGGGCGUGAUGCUGAACACAGAGCGGCUGAUCAAGCACGCGGUGCAGGAGAGGCUGGCGGUCACCGUGUGCAUCAACAAGAUCGACCGGCUGAUCCUGGAGCUGAAGCUGCCUCCCACCGACGCCUACUACAAGCUGCGCCACAUUGUCGAUGAGGUCAACGGGCUGAUAAGCAUGUAUUCCACUGAUGAGAACCUGAUCCUGUCCCCACUCCUGGGCAACGUCUGCUUCUCCAGCUCCCAGUACAGCAUCUGCUUCACGCUGGGCUCCUUUGCCAAGAUCUAUGCUGACACCUUUGGUGACAUUAACUACCAGGAAUUUGCUAAAAGACUCUGGGGUGACAUCUACUUCAAUCCCAAGACGCGAAAGUUCACCAAAAAGGCCCCAAACAGUAGCUCCCAGAGGAGCUUCGUCGAGUUUAUCUUGGAGCCCCUUUAUAAGAUCCUCGCUCAGGUUGUGGGUGAUGUGGACACCAGCCUCCCGAGGACCCUGGAUGAGCUUGGCAUCCACCUGACCAAGGAGGAGCUGAAGCUGAACAUCCGCCCGCUGCUCAGGCUGGUCUGCAAAAAGUUCUUCGGCGAGUUCACAGGCUUUGUGGACAUGUGUGUGCAGCAUAUCCCGUCUCCAAAGGUGGGCGCCAAGCCCAAGAUUGAGCACACCUACACUGGCGGUGUGGACUCCGACCUCGGCGAGGCCAUGAGCGACUGUGACCCCGACGGCCCCCUGAUGUGCCAUACUACCAAGAUGUACAGCACAGAUGAUGGAGUUCAAUUUCAUGCCUUUGGCCGGGUGCUAAGUGGCACCAUCCAUGCUGGGCAGCCUGUGAAGGUGCUGGGGGAGAACUACACCCUUGAGGAUGAGGAAGACUCCCAGAUAUGCACUGUGGGCCGCCUUUGGAUCUCCGUGGCCAGGUACCACAUUGAGGUGAACCGUGUUCCCGCUGGCAACUGGGUUCUGAUUGAAGGUGUCGAUCAACCAAUAGUGAAGACGGCGACCAUAACUGAACCCCGAGGCAAUGAGGAGGCUCAGAUUUUCCGGCCCUUGAAGUUCAACACCACAUCUGUUAUCAAGAUUGCUGUGGAGCCAGUCAACCCCUCAGAGCUGCCCAAGAUGCUGGACGGUCUGCGCAAGGUCAACAAGAGCUAUCCAUCCCUCACCACCAAGGUAGAGGAGUCUGGUGAGCACGUGAUUCUGGGUACUGGGGAACUCUACCUGGACUGUGUGAUGCAUGAUUUGCGGAAGAUGUACUCGGAGAUAGACAUCAAGGUGGCCGACCCCGUCGUCACCUUCUGUGAGACUGUGGUGGAAACAUCCUCCCUGAAGUGCUUUGCUGAGACGCCCAAUAAGAAAAACAAGAUCACCAUGAUUGCUGAGCCUCUUGAGAAGGGCCUUGCCGAGGACAUCGAGAACGAGGUGGUCCAGAUCACGUGGAACAGGAAGAAGCUGGGAGAGUUCUUCCAGACCAAGUACGAUUGGGAUCUGCUGGCUGCUCGUUCCAUCUGGGCUUUUGGCCCUGAUGCCACUGGCCCCAACAUCCUGGUGGACGAUACCCUGCCCUCUGAGGUGGACAAGGCUCUUCUCGGCUCUGUGAAGGACAGCAUCGUUCAAGGUUUCCAGUGGGGAACCAGGGAGGGACCCCUCUGUGAUGAAUUGAUUCGAAAUGUCAAGUUUAAGAUCCUAGACGCAGUGGUUGCCCAGGAGCCCCUGCACCGGGGCGGGGGCCAAAUCAUCCCGACGGCCAGGAGAGUCGUCUAUUCUGCCUUCCUCAUGGCCACCCCUCGUCUGAUGGAACCUUACUACUUCGUGGAGGUGCAGGCCCCUGCAGAUUGUGUCUCUGCUGUUUAUACUGUCCUGGCCAGGCGCAGGGGCCACGUGACUCAGGACGCACCCAUCCCAGGCUCCCCUCUCUACACCAUCAAAGCUUUCAUCCCAGCUAUCGACUCUUUUGGCUUUGAGACGGAUCUGCGGACCCACACCCAGGGGCAGGCCUUUUCCUUGUCUGUCUUCCACCACUGGCAGAUCGUUCCUGGUGAUCCUCUGGACAAGAGCAUUGUCAUUCGCCCCUUGGAGCCACAGCCAGCGCCUCACCUGGCCCGUGAAUUCAUGAUCAAAACCCGGCGGCGGAAGGGCCUGAGUGAAGACGUGAGCAUCAGCAAGUUCUUCGAUGAUCCUAUGUUGCUGGAGCUCGCCAAGCAGGAUGUCGUGCUCAAUUACCCCAUGUGAGUGCCGGGACUGCUAGCAGCUCCUGCGCCCUGCGGUGGGCUGCGCCCGGACUGGAAGCUCGGAGCUAAUGUGACUUGGACUCCAUGUUGUCGGAGAGUGCCCAAGAGCCGCUGUGACCAUCUUGGAGGCCCAAGAGCCUCCAACCCAGAGCCCAGUGAGGGAGCGCAUUUGGCCUCCCGGUCCCUCCAGUGGCCUCUGUCUGGCCCCAUUCCAGGGAACAGAGAGGAGCUUUGGCUCAGGGAAGGAGACGGGGAUGAAAGUGUUUAACCCCCACGGGCCCUGUCCUCAGAAUUUACGUGGAAUUUUUUUUUUAACAAGUUUGACCUUAGACAUGGUUUAUAAGGGACCAGAACAUUCUGACCUC